AUGAUUGCAAAUGGAACUGAUAUUGAGAAUGUGUUUCUCUGCUAUCCUCUUCUGCCGGACUCCUGUCCCAGAGCUCAUCGACUUCCCAUCCUUAAAGUGGCGAUGUAUGUUUUCAUGGUGCUGAUGAUCCUCACAACGGUUUUUGGAAACCUACUGGUAAUCAUCUCCAUCUCUCACUUCAAACAGCUUCGGUCUCCAACUCAUCUGAUCGUUCAGUCGCUGGCAGCUUGCGACUGUCUCCUGGGUUUUUUGGUCAUGCCGUACAGCAUGGUGCGAUCUGUUGAAGGCUGCUGGUAUCUGGGAGAUGUUGUGUGUAAAGUGCAUUCUAGUUUGGAUAUGACUUUCAGCAUCUCUUCCAUACUACAUCUCAGUUUAAUUGCUAUUGACAGGUACUGGGCCAUUUGUGACCCUCUCAGAUACAGAAUGAGGGUCACAAACAACACUGUCACUGUAUUUCUUACCUUCACAUGGCUGUUUUCGUUUGUGUACAGCUUUUCUGUUGUGUUUACAGGGGUAAACAAUGUUGGUUUAGAAGAACUUAUAUUGCAGAUUUCUUGUUUUGGCGGCUGUGUUUUGUUUUUUAACAAAGAAUGGGGAUUAAUUUGUGCACUUUUUGUGUUUCUGAUCCCAGGAACUAUCAUGAGCUCACUGUACAUGAGCAUCUUCAAUGUUGUGAAAAAACAUGUCAAAGUCCUGUCAGAGAAAGUGUCUGUUGCCCCUUCUGUAGGCAGUAAUAACCAAACCUCUUCACAGAGAGAGGGGAAAGCAGCUAAAACUCUGGCCAUUGUCAUGGGUGUUUUUUAUCUCUGCUGGUUGCCUUUUUUUACUGCCACUGCUAUUGACCCUUUCCUUAAUUUUGUAACUCCUGUUGAUGUUUUUGAUGCUCUGGUUUGGUUUGGAUAUUUUAACUCCACUUGCAACCCCUUGAUCUAUGGCUUUUUCUAUCCCCGCUUCCAGAAGGCCUUUAAGGUUCUAAUAUCCACUUAUAUCUGUGGCAUCAGUGAGUCACACACCUUGACAUUUCAAUGA